AUGACAUAUGGCUGUAAAACAUGUUCAGUUCCUGAAACCAGUGUUGAAACUCUCAUUAUUGAGGAGGAUUUGACGAAUCAAAAUCUCUACCUCACAUCAUUUGAUCUAGAGAACAUAAAGAACGGCGAGAAGAACGGGGACGCAGGUGGUGGUGUUCGAAUUCGGCCAGCAGAUUAUGAACCUUUCGAAAGGACACAGGUUGACAUAUUGCUGUUCGUCAUCAUCGCUGUUGGAGCAACAAUACUUGUAUGUUUAAUUGUGCCAGCGGCAAUAUACGUCGUGAAAAAUCGGAAAACCGAUAUGAAGGCUAAAAUGCCAAAAAAGAAAGGUCGUAAAUCUGAGGGAGGAAAAACGCCGACGAGUGCAUCUGCCGGGAAGAAGUAA